CCUGUUGCGUCAUUAGAGUGUGACUCCAGAUACAAAACAGGUCCGGGCUACUAAAGUAUGGCAGCUGCUGAGGCGGCGGUGGUAUCGUCGUCAUCUUUGGAAACAGACACAGCCCUGGUCCCUGAAACUGCAGGAACAGCCGCAGCAACGGCCGCCACCUCACCAGCGACGGCUGCAGCCGCGGCCGUCGCGGCCGCUGCCAGAACCGGAUCCGAAGCCAGGGUCUCCAAGGCCGCUUUGGCUACUAAGCUGCUGUCCCUGAGCGGCGUGUUCGCCGUGCACAAGCCCAAAGGGCCCACUUCAGCCGAGCUGCUGAAUCGGCUGAAGGAGAAGCUGUUAGCAGAAGCUGGAAUGCCUUCUCCAGAAUGGACCAAAAGGAAAAAGCAGACUUUGAAAAUUGGACAUGGAGGGACGCUAGACAGUGCAGCCCGAGGAGUUCUGGUGGUUGGAAUUGGAAGGGGAACAAAAAUGUUGACCAGUAUGUUGUCAGGGUCCAAGAGGUAUAUUGCCAUUGGAGAACUGGGGAAAGCUACUGACACACUAGAUUCUACUGGGAAAGUAACAGAAGAAAAACCUUACGAUAAAAUAACACAAGAAGAUAUUGAAGGCAUUCUACAGAAAUUUACUGGGAAUAUAAUGCAGGUACCUCCCCUCUAUUCUGCAUUAAAGAAAGAUGGACAGAGACUUUCAACCUUGAUGAAGAGAGGUGAAGUAGUAGAAGCAAAACCUGCCAGGCCCGUUACCGUAUACAGUCUCUCCCUUCAAAAAUUCCAGCCACCAUUUUUCACAUUAGAUGUUGAAUGUGGAGGAGGUUUUUAUAUAAGAAGCUUGGUCAGUGACAUUGGCAAAGAACUCUCUUCCUGUGCCAAUGUCCUAGAACUGACCCGAACCAAACAGGGACCAUUUACACUAGAAGAGCAUGCCCUGCCUGAAGACAGAUGGACGAUUGAUGACAUUGCACAGUCUCUGGAACAUUGCUCAUCUCUUCUCCCAGCAGAGUUGGCACUUAAAAAAUCCAAACCUGAGGAGUCUAAUGAACAAGUUUUGAGCUGUGAAUAUAUAACUCUAAGUGAGACAAAGGGAGAAGAUGAUGUAAUUAAGUCAUCUUAAGAUUGGUUUGGGAUUGUCAUCAUUUCUUGGUUGACAUUUGAAUCCUGUGUACAGAAUGACAAGCUACGUGCAAAAGACAAACAACUAUUUCUUUUUUUUUCACAUGAUUUUUUGUGUGUGUGUGUGUGUGAAGAAAAAUGUCAGUUUCUAUGGUGUACAGUUUAUCUGCUCUACAUUAUAAAUAGCCUUGCAGUUAGUUGUUCAGUUCUUUGCUUUACUAUGAAAUGUUCUUUUAGGAUGUUAUUAUGUUGUUAGAUUGGGUUCAGGAAAAUCAAAUCUUCUGAUUUUGAUCUUUCUUCAAAGUUUUCCUUGAAAAAGUUGAACACAUUUUCUAAUCAAAGAAUAAAGAAACACGAGCUAUAUGUUUCUUUGGUGUCACAAAAGUGAAUGUAAAUUAGUGUUACUUUGACUUUAUUUUGGCUUCCUACUGGCUCUAUUGUAUUGAAAUUCUUUAUGUUCGAAAAGGCCAUUAUUUAACUUAUGUUUUGAAGUUUACAAUUAUUAAGAACAUUUAUUUGAUAAGGCUGUACAACUCUGGUAAUAGGUAUGUUUGUUUAGAUCUCGGAAACUAAUAAACUUUUAUAAUAAAUAUUUGUAAAUAUAUUACUGCUGCUACCACUAACAAUGUAAAUAGAAAACUAAAUAUUUAAUUAGAUUCACCUCUACCAUGAGCGCAAAGGACAGCUCUGUGGCUUAUAUUUUGGCAGCUAUGUGAUCUUUUCCUGAUGAUUUCAUCAACACAGUCAACCACCCUGUACCAAGUUAUUAAAUAGCAUAAUUUUUAAAAAGUAA